AUGUCGAUGCAAGAGACAGUAGAGAAGGUGCUCGACGCCGCCACUGCCGACCUUUCACAGCCUAUGGCUGUACCCGGUGCUGUGGUGUACAUUGCAGACAAGACCGGUUAG